AUGAACCCUGAAUAUGACUAUCUGUUCAAGCUCCUGCUCAUCGGAGACUCUGGGGUGGGGAAGUCCUGUCUCCUGCUUCGAUUCGCUGACGACACCUACACAGAGAGCUACAUCAGCACGAUCGGAGUGGACUUCAAGAUCCGCACCAUCGAGCUGGAUGGCAAAACCAUCAAACUGCAGAUCUGGGACACCGCGGGGCAGGAGAGGUUCCGCACCAUCACCUCCAGCUACUACAGAGGAGCUCACGGUAUCAUCGUGGUCUACGACGUGACGGAUCAGGAGUCCUACAACAACGUCAAGCAGUGGCUACAAGAAAUCGACCGCUACGCCAGUGAAAAUGUGAACAAGCUUCUCGUCGGCAACAAGUGUGACCUCACCACAAAGAAAGUCGUGGACUACACAACAGCCAAGGAGUUUGCCGACUCCCUGGCCAUCCCCUUCUUGGAGACCAGCGCCAAGAACGCCACGAACGUAGAGCAGGCGUUCAUGACCAUGGCGGCGGAGAUCAAGAAGCGCAUGGGCCCCGGAGCCACGGCCGGCGGGGACAAACCCAACAUCAAAAUCGACAGCACCCCCGUCCGGCAGUCCAGUGGGGGCUGUUGUUAA